GCCUCUACUUCCGAAAAUUCAAAAUCGAAGGCAAUGUCGACUCGUAAGUCGAGGAAGAAUACCAUCCCUUUGACCUUAGAAUUGGUUCAGCGUCUAAGGGAUGGAGAUGAGGAAGAGGAAGACGACGGAUCCGUACUGGUGGCCCGAUCGAAGAAGACCACUGACGUUCCACAGGCAGCUGGAUCGAUGGUGGUUUAUAAGGCUCCGCCUCGAACUAGGGAUAUAUCGGAGAAAGAUUCGGGCAUAGUCCCCGAGUCGUUGGAGAUAGAGGAUGCUUCCCAUCGAAGACAACGGAUGGGGGAUAUGUAUGAAGGGGCUCUCCCCGAAUCUCUUCGAACCGAAGAGAAUUCCCCAAGUGACUCACUUGGGGCAGUAGCAAUUGAAGACUCGCCCACCUUCCCUGCCUUUUCCGAAGGGGCGAUUCGGGAAGCCCAAGCUUUGGGCGCCCUCGAACUAGACAGGCCUCAUGAGGGAGAGGAUCCUUUAUGUGACAUGUUUACCGGUGUCGAAGACGCUGCCGGCACUAGUGAUGCAUCAGAUCUUUUUCACGGAGUGCAGCAGGCUUUGAAUCAGGCCGUGGUAGCUCAUCGAGAAUCAUGUUCUCGAUCCUGAGCUGAGCUGCAUUGAUACGAGGCCGAUCUCCAACGGGUGCCACGGAGGAGAGGAAGGCCCUUAAACUCCUCUUAGGGCAAAGGGGAAAAGAAAUCAAGGACCUCCGACCUGAGUUGGCCAAAGCUCACCAAGAUCAGACCGAUCUGUCCGAGCAGGUAAUGACACUAUUAAAAGCCUAUGGACUCGAUACUGGAACGAUGCCUAAUCUUUCGGUCUCAUAGCUGCAGCAGAAGCUUGAGAUGAUCGGGAAGCUCCGUGAGGAGGUCGAUGUGAUAAAGGCGGAGUCCUUGAAAUGGAAAGAAAAUAUGGACC